CAAUUGAAGAGUCAAUGAGGGAAGACGCUACUGCUACAAAGUCUUUGGCCGCCAUGAACAGCCUCCAGCAGCCUUCAAAUCUGCUUGACUGUCAUCAGUAUAUCAAUGAGUCUCCUUUACUCUUGCUUGGAGCAAGAUGCAUGGUCAAGAUGAUUUACGAGCAUGUCAGCGCUUUGCGCCCCUGAAUUGAGAAUGACUGGACUCGGAUUAGCUCAACACUGCCAGCCAGCAGCUCGCAAUCUGUUGACAAAGUCUUGACAUAUACCCCUGAUUGAAGCUAUCAUUCGUUCAAAGUUUGAAAAAGGUGCCAUUGGGACGCUCCCAAGCAUCAACCACUCAACCAUAUCCCGACACAUCCCUUGCAGCGGUCCUAGUCACUGACAAGGCGCGAUUCGCAUUGCAAAGUCGCCAAAGUAUCCAUGUUCAGUCUGACUUCACUGCUCUUUGCUUUCCUUAGCAUCGAUCUCCUGGGCGUCUUUGCAAUCGAAUGGACCUUCACAGAGCACGUCCCAUUGCCCACAACGCUAAACAUCUCGACCAUGGGCAUCGUUCGUCUGGACUCUUCAAACCAUCAAGUUUUUAUCAAGGCUGACCAAGCUUUGGUGGAGGCGCUGUAUCUGAUCGACAAUUCAGUUCGUUUCCUGACUCACAACCAAGAGCUGCCGUUUCUGUGGCUCGUUGUCGCUAGCCACCAUACUGUCCCAAGCACGUUUGAUUGGAUCCAGAAUGGAUGGACGACUCGGAUUUCGAUCGAAGACGACAAGGGCAAAGAGCAGGAUUCUAUCCAGGUAGCGCUUGUCUUAGGCUGGGGGAACCAAAUGGGUGGAGGUUUGCCUAGCCCAGCUUCUUACGGCAAAUAUAAUGGUUCACAAGUCUACUGCAAAGUUGGACCAGUCAUCACCAAGAAUUGGGAUAGCCCAAAUUGGAUUACUCCACAAUGCGGUAGCUUUCUCCAGCACACUACGUAGCUGACACCUGCUGAUCUUGUGCUUUACCGGUCAUCACCAUCUUUCUCGUAAUCAAGGCACUGUAGCUGUCUAUGACUUAGUUUGAGAAAAGCUCGCUAUCAUAGACUUGCAAGGAACCCACAAAGCUUGAAACAGAAGUUUAGCUCAGAUUCUGCAACGCAUUGUUUUAGCAGUCUCAGCAGGGUAGCUGGAACGACGAAGUCUUGUUGUGGAUAGAGUAUUACAAGCGUCCGUUGAGCUGAUUGCAGCUAAUAUGAUGAGAUCAAAGAAUAGCUGUAAUUGUUGCUUGCUG